AUGUCGACAGACAGCGGCUCAUCCCAGACACCCACAUCAUCCCCAUCAUCGCCCUCAUCCUCCACCUCCCACGAAUCCGAUGAUGCCUCGUCUGAGAGAAGAGGUCUGAGACCAAAGGAUCUGUCUCGUUACUUGACCUCGCAGGUUUCCAGGGCAGCAGAUAGCAUUGAUUGGGGGGAAGAUUUUGAAAGUGGGGCCUCUGUAAUACAAACGUUAGCCCAGAUUGCCUCAAAGAUACAGGCAAGGAUGCAGGCCGCGGAGAAGAAGAGGGAAGAGGGAAGUGGCAGCAGCGAGCAGGCAAAUGAAACGAGUAGCAGUGCAAGUGAAAAGAAAGAUCCUACUCCGCCCCAGAGCCCAGCAUCCUCCAGUACCCCGAAAUCCAGCGCGAGCUCACAGGAAGCAGCAUCCACAUCUCCCUCGCCGCUCCCUUCACCGUCUCCCUCGAGCUCAAAGUCCACCUCUGAGCCUACUUCUACAAAACCCACUGCAAGUGACGCAUCAUCUGCUCAGAGGCGCUCAUCCUCAACUCCACCGUCUACAGCAAGUAAAGAACAGUCAACAAAGCCUUCAGAGGUGACGCCUGAUGACUGGACUUGGGUCCCUAUCGACAAGAUGCCAAAAUAUCAGGCCAUGUUGAGGGGGGACGGCGAUAGACCUGAAUGGCCAAGAGGAAAAGGCCGAAAAUUCCCUACUCAAGGCAAAGCCUAG